GGAGGCAGUUCCUGGUGGCGCGGCCCCGCGGCUGGCAGCUCCCGGGGGCGGCCGAGCGGAACCCCGCCUCCAGCCAGCCGCCCGGCGGGCAGGAGGGAGCCGCGGCCAGGGCGGGGGGAGAUGCGCCUCGCCCUUCCCAACAACGGCCGAGCCGCGGCCGUCCCUAAUUAACAAUCAGCUCGUCCCCAGUCACCCCCGGCAAGCACUGUCCCAUGCACGCUGACCCGCCGCCGGCAGCUCGCUAGCCGGCAGCCGACGGCUCCUCCCGCGGUGCUGGCGUGCGGGUCGCUUAAGCCAUGGGGAAUGGGAUGAACAAGAUUCUGCCUGGCUUGUUCAUUGGCAACUUUAAAGAUGCCCGAGAUGUAGAGCAAUUGAGUAAGAAUAACAUUACGCACAUUCUUUCAAUCCAUGACAGUGCCCGCCCUAUGCUCGAGGGAGUGAAGUAUCUGUGCAUUCCUGCUGCUGACUCACCCUCGCAGAACUUGGCAAGGCAUUUCAGAGAGAGCAUCAAAUUUAUCCAUGAGUGCCGGCUUACAGGUGAAGGCUGCCUAGUUCAUUGCCUUGCAGGUGUCUCCAGGAGUGUAACGUUGGUGGUUGCCUACAUCAUGACCAUCACAGACUUUGGUUGGGAAGAUGCACUGUCUGUUGUCCGUGCAGCAAGAUCCUGUGCCAAUCCUAACAUGGGCUUCCAGAGGCAGCUACAGGACUUUGAAAAACAUGAUGUUGAUCAGUUCAGGCAGUGGCUGAAAGAAGAAUAUGGGGAAAACUCUUCUCAGGAUCUGCAAGAAGCCAAAAAUCUUCUGAGCAAAUAUAAAGAGCAGGCUGAGUUGCAGCAGAAUACUGGAGGAAGACAGUGGAAUAACAACUUCUCAUCUGUGCCAUCUCUCUCAUACAGCAACUACACAACAGAGACCUAAUCAUAGGAGGUUGAUUUUUUUUUUCUUUCUACCUUUGAAAAACAUCUUGCCAUAAUUUCCAUCCCAUCUUCAAGACUCUCAGCAGUAAUCAUGCAAAGAGUUGAUUUGUAGAAAGCUUCUUGAUGAAAAUACUACAUUAUGUGUGUGUGUAUGAGUGUGUUUCACACAGUUUUAUAAUUUGGGCAGGAUCAAGCACUCUGUAUGCCCAGAGACAUGAUCCAGUUACUGUGGCUGAGCCAGUUUGUCAGCCAGCCACAGCUAUUAUCCCCUUAUGCCCACGUUGCCUGGCAUUUGCUGUGAGGUUAGCUCAACUCCUUUUGUUGUAGGCUAGCAAAGGGCUCUGAGAGAUGAAGUCUCAUGAUUCAAACUGUGGCAGUUUGACAUCUCUGCACCAUUAAUGUGGCAAAGAUGUUAUUGCACCCGAAGAAGGGAACUCAAGUCUGUGUCUCUGCUGCUCCUGUUCACAGUCCAUUGGCAAGUAAUGCUGUGGAGGUGGGCUCGAACUUGAAUGCUGGGCUGCAAACCGGAGCAGGUGAGAUAUGGGUACGUGUACCUUUCUACCAACAGUAGCAUCUAGAGAGAAGUGGGACAGACAGCUCUGAGUAAUAACAUCUUCAACUGCCACAGUUGUACUUGCUUCAGUGCACGUGAGACAGAGCUGUCGGCAGAACUGCCACAGACCAAGAGCACCGAGACUGUUACCACAGCUCAGCUGAUGUGCAGUGAUUUAAGCCGUGGUCCCUUGAUUGUGCAUCUGGUCUCCCAGCAUAAGCUUCUCUGGAGAAUAGUUUAUCAGGUCUCCAGUGCUGCUGAACUUCAUUCCCCAUGGAACACGUGCCUCUUCAACACACGCCCCUGCGCACAUGAUAACGUGUCUCCAAAGAGUGGGCUUGGUGUGAGUGCGAGCACCUGUUUCUUUGCUUGUGCUGUGGUUUGCUCUUUGACUUCAGCUACCUCAAAAAUGCUGUUCUUGUCAUGGUGGUUGUAAAUGCAACCUUGAAAAUUGCCUUGUGUAAUCUUAAUCUGACACUGAGUGAAGUAAGUGGGUGCGUGUGAGAGUGUGCGUGUGCAUGUGUAUUUCACAAAUGUCUGUAUCUGAGAAUUUUAUUGUUUUCUUUUAAAAUUGCCCAUAUUUCUCACUGGUUUAAAAAUUGAGUUGUUUGAAUUCAACUUUCUGCCAUUUUAAAACCACUAUAUAUUUUGCUGUGAUCAGAUUUGUAGGAAUGCAUUUGUAAAAUACAUUUUAAACUAGGUUAAAACUAGGGGCUGUACUCUGCUCUUGGUAACAUCGUUUCUGGAAUGGAGCCAUUGCCUGACUCAAGUGUAUUCUAAGAGUGUAACUUCAAAUAUGCCACCAGGGAUGCUGGGCAGUGUAUUGAUUUCUGAUGGUGUAAUGGGGGGUGGCAGUGAUGCCAAGAUCAUGAUUUCUUGUCUUUGACUCAGAGGAGGGAAGGGCCUAUUUUUCUUGAAGAUUCCAGAAAAUAAAAAAUACCUCCCAAGCAGCCAGGAUAGAAAAACAAAACCAAACCCCUCGUUUGCUUAAAUGUGGUGUGUAUCAUGCUAAAAGCUGAGCACUGAGCGAGAAGCAGUCAGCAUACUAAAUAGACUGUUGUCUCUUUCAAUUUCUUUGGUACUCUGACCUCAGUGAAUUCUUUGGAUGGGAGCGAGGCUUCUAAGGUCAAGUAAGCUCUGGCUGUUAAAUAUAUGUUGUUAAGUAUCUUCAAAAAAUAUAUGUUAUGGCUUGAGAAAUAUGGGUCUUGCAUAUCAAUAAUUGCAAAAAAGGAAAAAAGGGAAUGGGGUGGAACUGGCCUGACCGUUUCAUCUGAGUCCAAGCCUGCGUCAGGGUUCUCAUUGCACUAAGUGCUUUAAGUGUACUGAACAUAGCGAGAGCAGGAUAAUCAUGUCUGUGUUGCGGUAAGGGGUGCUGUUGGAUUUGGGAAGGGUGCUGCAGUUGACUGUUUUCAAGCUUGUAGCUAAAUGACCCACUACCUAUUUGGUAUAUCCAGCAACUGCUCUGUGUUUGCCUGGUAAGAGAAGUAUUUAGCUCUUCUUGAAGAUGUUGAUCUGCAAAUAAUUAGCUGUUUAGGAAUUCCAGCACAACAGUGCCCAUGUUGGCAGUCCCCUCUGUGCUGUGAGAGUGGAUGUGGUAAUGGAAGAUGCUUUCCUCGGUAACAGGGUCUGACACGUGUUCAGGAUGCUGGUCCAUUUGUUCAACCCGCUCCUCACAAUAGGAUAUGUAGUGCAACUUCAGCCUGUCCCCAAAGGGCAGCUUUGUCAGAAGCAUUCUGCUUGCACGCUUGCAGGUGUCCAGUUAGUCCAUCCUGUAGCUGACUGCCAACGCUAUGUAUCCCAUAACAUUUUUGGCACUCUCGUCCUUGCGGUAGUAACCCUGUGAGUGCUGGGAAGUUGGCAAUUCUUUUUCUGUUCUGACAAAUACAAGGCAGAAUGGGAGAGAUCUGUUAAUGUUUGUGUGUCCAAGAUUAUUCUAUACUGGAUUUUUUUAAUAGUUUGGUUAUCCCCAAAGAGUCAGUCCCACAAAUAGGAUUUUUUUUAGAACUGAGUUUGGCUUUAGGGCCAUAUAGCCACAUCAAUGUGCAUUAUGCUGCAGCUUGAAAGCAGAUACAGGGUAAAGCAGGAAGACAGGGGGAGUGCCAUAUUGUCAGCCAGUGGAAGUACUUCUUUCUUUUUAAAAGACAGAAGAGGUAUUUUCUGUAGUCUCUUGCUUCUACCUCUUGUUUAGUGGUCUGUAUGUACUGCAUACUGUGUUUAAGAGUGGCAAAAGAGCAACUGUAGUCUAAGAAAACUUGAAUCUGGUUUGUCCACGUAGAGAGCAGAAUGAUAGUUUACUCCUUUAUUACCACAAGGUGCAGAAGAGAGGGUAGCUACAGUUCUCACCUCUGGCCUUUUAGAAAGGGAGAGGAGCUAACACAGGCUGAGAAUGUGACAUGAUUUGUCUUCCAACCAGCCUUUCAGUGGCAGUUUGUAGGACUUUCCAGCUAUCUGGAACAUGACUAGACCCCAGUCCACCUCUUAGUAGUUGGCCUUUAUAGUGUAGGUGAUGCAUUCAGUUAUUUUGUUUCUGUACUUCAAAAUACUGUCCUCAUUUUGAUGUUCACUAGAAAAUGUAUAAAGUUUAUAACACCUUAUUGGAUAUCCAGAUUUGAAAUGUAUAAUCAAUUUUUUGGGGCUAAACUUGAUAUCCAUGUGUGAUUAUAAGCAAAUGUUUAGUGUUAUACAAUGUAGGUAAUGGGUAAAUGCAUUAGUAUUUAUUACUCUGAUUUUUAACCUGGAAAGAGUUGCUUCCUCACAUUUUGUGGUUGAGUGGGAAGAUAUGGCAAAUCAUAUCUCUGUUUUUUAAAAAGGACAGUAAUAACAUUGGUUGCUAUAAUGGCCACUGCCUAUAAAGAAGUCAGUGAAAAAUUAUAGUAAUUAGUUCAGCUAGUUUAAAAACUCUAAACCUGGUAAGCUUCUUGAUUCUCUGUCUUCCUCUUCCUGGGCAUCUUAGCGAAGCCUUGAUUGCUUUUUCCAAAUGUUUGUAUUUAAUACGUUCUACAAUUUUUUUAUAAAUAAAAGUAAAUGUUAACACCUGA